GAACCAACCUUUCACCUUGAUCACAUUUGCUCAGUGAGAAGAAAUUGAGCUCUGUUCUCCGGUAAAGUUUCCAUCUUUAAGGUUUUGAAGAAGUUAAAGACCAAGCCUUUGCUCUAGUUUUGAUUCACAUUUGAUCAGUGAGAAGAAAUUGAGCUCUGUUUUGUGGUGAAGUUGGCAUCUUUAGGGUUUUGAAGAAGUUUGAUGACGGAAGCUGGAGCGGGUUUUGACCGGGUCCUGGGGCUAAUAGAGCUGGCGAAGAAGCUGGAAGGUGAAGAGUUGAAGCUGCGGCGUGAUUCGGAAGCGGAAGGGAUCGAUGGAGAUUGAAAAAGGUAAGAGCCAGCUGAACUUUCUUAAUUUAAAGAUUUGAGGAAAAGAAUAGAGAGAAGCGGAUAGAUGAGCUUGAGAAGAUGGUUAGGGUGAAUGAUGAUGUGAAGUUGAGAGAGGAGGAGUUGAAGGGGUUUAGAGGAGAUGAUUGCGAAAUGUGAUGAGGAGGUGAGGUUGAAGAAGGGGAGGAUUAGUUUGAUUCAGAAAUCGAUGAUGGAAUGUUCGUAUACGUUGGAAGCGAGAGAGGGGAAGAUCAGGGAGAGUAUGCCUUUUGGUUUGGUGACGAAGGCUAUGGAGGGGUGGUGUUGUAAAGUUGAGAUGAAGGAGAGGGAGCUAGAGGGGUGUGUGGCGAAACUCGAAUUUGAAACAAGAAGUGGAGUGGAAAAUUGGGGAACUUGAGUUGAUUGAGAAGAGGGUGUGGAUGAUGUGGAGUUGAAAGUUAAGCAUUUUGAUGCAGUUGAAAAAUCGAUACAGGAAGGGAGACAGCAGUUGGAUGCACUGCAAAAGUCGGUGCGUGAGGGCGAAAAGAAUUUGGAUUCAGUUCGAAUGGCAGCAGAGGAGCGUGAGAAGAAGCUUUUGGACUCGAUAGGCCAGGGACUUGAAAGGAAAGAGAGGGAACUCGAACAGCAGGCCAAUGAGCUUGAGUUUAAAAAGAGAAAAUUUGAAUUGAGAGUUGAGGAAGUUAAUUCAAAGGAUAAGAGGGUCAAUGAACGCCUCAAUGAGGUUGAAUUGAAUGAAAUUCUUUUGGAAUCAUUUGGAGAAUCAAUACAAAAAGACAGAGAGCAUUUGGAUUUGGUCCAAAUGUUGGCAGCCGAGCGUGAAAAGCAGUUGGAUUCACUCCAAACAUUGGUGCAACAUCGUGAAAACAAUUUGUUUUCACUUCAAAAAUCAGUACAAGAGCGUGAAAAAAAGUUGGAUUCACUAUCCGAUGGACUUCAAAGGAGAGAAAGGGAACUUGAAAAGCAGGCCAAAGAUCGAGCUUGAAUUGAAGCAGAGACAAUUUGAUUCUCAAAGGAAGGCUAAGCAUUUGGAACCUACCUCUGCUGCUAAAAAUGCUAGUGUUGUUUCAUCUACAAGAGAUCAAUCCUGGAACAACAUGGAUGGUAGAAGCUUACAGUUGGUCAUGAAUGAGCAAGUGGAAAAAAUUGACUUGACAGGUAGCCGAAUGUCAGCUGUUCUACAAGCAUCAUCAGACCCCACAAAAUUGGUCUUGGAUUCAAUGCAAGGGUUUUAUCCGUCAAAUCUUACUGUGGAAAACAGAGAGUUUGAGUCACAUUAUCCUCAGGUGAGAGAAGAAGCAGUGAAAUUGGCAGUUACCGCUGAUAAUAGUUGGGACUUGGGAGGCUUUGGGCUUUUUGCGUCUUAUCACUACGUAUGAAUUGACAAGUAUUUAUGAUAUGAGGGAGCUUCAAAUUCUUCUUGCUAUGGUUUCUCAGCCAGAACAAGCUGCUGAAUUAAGUAGGGCACUUGGUAUCAUAUAUAAGGCACCUGGGACGAAUGUGGUUUCUUCCAUUGUCAAGAUUGAGCGAUCAGAAUCUUCGCUGGCCAGAAAUGAAGCAACUCUUUCUCCUCGAAAUAAAUAUUUACAGAAUGAAAGGAUUGUUUCUCUUCCUUCUAUUGUCAAGACUGAGGGACCCAAAUAUUUUGGGGCUAGAUCUGUAGCAACUAUAUCUUCACCAAAUAAUGCUGAGGGACCAGAAUCUUUGCUGGCUAGAAAUGAAGCAACUCCUUCUCUUCCGAAUAAAUAUUUACAGAAUGAAAGGAUUGUUUCUCUUCCUUCCAUUGCCAAGACUGGGGGACCCAAAUCUUUUGGGGCUAGAUUUGCAGUAACUCUUUCUUCACCAAAUAAUGCUGAGGGACCAGAAUCUUCACUCACUAGAAUUGCAGCAACUCUUUCUUCACCAAAUAAUGCUUUACACUUUUACAGGAAAAUCUGUUGGUCACUCUUAAAUCAUCAUCAGACCCUGCAAAACUUGUGUUGGAUUCGACGCAAGGGUCUCUUACGUAUUACUGGAGAAAUGGAGAUGUUAGUUCCAAAGAAAAGGUUGUAUCUGGUAACAUUACUCUAUUGAAGAUUCUAAUGGGACUUUCAACACAUGUUGGACCUCAUCUGAAAGAAAAUGCAAAAAAUCUAGCAUCCCAGUGGAAAGAAAAGUUGAGAGGUGAUACUGAAAAUUCAUUGGAGAGUUUGGGGUGUUUGCUGUUUAUAGCUGUGUAUGAAUUGCUUGGAACCUUACAUGAAGAUGAGAUUGUAAUGCUUCUUAGAAGGGUUUCGCAGCAUAAACAGUCUCUAGAGUUAUGUCAGACACAUGGUUUUGCAGAUUAUAUCCCUGAUUUUAUACGGAAGCUUAUUGAAAAGAAGCCACUGAUGGAGGCUGUUAGAUCUAUUUGUGCCUUCAAAUUAUUUGACAAGCUCCCCCCAGUGCCACUCUUAAAAGAAUAUGUGGAUGAUGUAAUGAUGUGUUCCGAAGUAAUUUGCGGGUCACAGAUGAUACCUGAUGAAAAGGAUAAGGCUCUGAAUGGUAAAAUAGCUGAUCUGAGAGCUGCCAUUCAAUGCAUCAAAAAUUACGACCUCGAGUCUGAAUACCCGUCCAAGACUGUUGAAUUGCAAAUAAUUCAGCUUGAAAUGCUGAAGGAAAAAUGGAGGAGUUUGGCUAGUACCCAAAGUUGAACAAGAAGAGAGAAAAAGGAAGAAGCCUUGUACUAGCUCUUCUGCCCCAAAGUUACAACCAGGUAAGGUGCCGAAAAUAAAGUUCGUCUUCAGUGGUUCGAGACCUUAAUGUGAAGCUCCACUCGUCCGAACUACGAAGGAACGGUUUACAUUGUAAUCCGGGGAUAUACCCUUUCCCUCUGCAAAUUGGUGAAUAUAGUCUACGUACCAUGCACUCCUAAUUGCAUUCAUGUCGCAGCUUUUAGGAAAAGCUCAUGUAUUUUGACUGAACUGUUGGUAGAAACUAGAAGGUCACCCUUGACAUAGGUAAAAUAUGUAUGUUGUGGUGCUUGAAAUGGUAUCCAUUGUUAAUUGGUCUGGUAUUAGCUUGUCUGAUAUUCCA